AUGCAGCAGUCUCUUAGAUUAUAUGCUUGUAAUGCAAUCAAGUUGGUGGAGUACUUAACAGUUCGUGGUUAUGAGGUUUCCGCUCUACUGCCUGAGUUCAUUCUUUGUGUCAUUGGUGUCUAUCUGAAGAGACCUAGGCAUUUGAACGAGUUUGAUCGUUCGUGGUUGCAAAGCAGAGAGAUAUUGCGUAUGGUGUGUGAGAUUCCUUGGAACAUCGACACACUGAUGGCUGUUCUGUCCUCCAUCGGAGAAGCAAAGCUGAGG